CAUUUGAUGAUUUGAAAUAAAAUCGAAGUGUGUGCUGUUGUUUUUGUUCAAAAUAUUUUUAACAAUAGUUUUUAAUUAAUUUUUGCAUGUAUCGGUGACAAUAAUAAUACAAUGGCUGCAACAGCUACAGCAACAACUGUUUCUGUCGAUGAGGACCUGGAUGAGUGUGGGCCACAGUUGAUCAACAAGCUAGAGGGGAAUGGCAUCACAUCUGGUGACAUCAAGAAAUUGGAAGAAGCUGGAUACCACACUGUGGAGUCUGUAGCAUACGCGCCGAAGAAAUGGCUAAUCACUAUAAAAGGCAUAUCUGAAGCUAAAGCUGAUAAAAUAUUAGCAGAAGCCUCAAAAUUAGUCCCCAUGGGCUUUACCACAGCUACAGAAUUUCAUCAAAAAAGAGCCGAAAUCAUACAACUCGCAACAGGAUCGAAAGAGCUUGAUAGAUUACUGGGAGGUGGUAUUGAAACUGGAUCUAUUACUGAGAUUUUUGGUGAAUUCAGAACUGGAAAAACUCAACUAUGUCACACUUUAGCUGUUACAUGUCAGUUACCAAUAGAGCAGUCAGGAGGAGAAGGCAAGUGCAUGUACAUAGAUACAGAAGGAACAUUCCGGCCAGAGCGAUUGCUAGCAGUAGCUCAACGAUAUGGCAUGGAGGGGGCAGCGGUGUUGGACAAUGUGGCGUAUGCCCGUGCUUAUAACACGGACCAUCAGACGCAACUGCUGGUGCAAGCUUGUGCUAUGAUGGCAGAAUCUAGAUAUUCCCUAAUAAUAGUAGACAGUGCUACAGCACUGUAUCGGACAGAUUAUUCAGGGAGGGGAGAGUUAAAUCCAAGACAGCAGCACCUUGGCAGGUUCAUGAGGAUGCUUCUGAGAUUAGCUGAUGAGUUUGGUGUAGCAGUAAUAAUAACAAACCAGGUGGUGGCCAAUGUGGAUUCCGUGGGUGUGUUCAAUGCGGACACGAAGAAGCCCAUCGGUGGGCAUAUCAUAGCCCACGCGUCGACCACACGACUGUACCUUAGGAAGGGACGCGGUGACAACAGGGUCUGCAAGAUAUAUGACAGCCCUUGUUUACCUGAGACUGAGGCAAUGUUUGCAAUCAGCACAGAAGGGAUCACUGAUGCUAAGGAAUGAGAUGUGUAUUACAUUUUUAUGAAAAGUGCCUUUAAUUAACGUAAGGGUUGGUGACUGUAAUCUAUUAAUAAGAACUUUAUUUUAUUACUGAACUCAUUCAGGAAAAGAGUAACAACAGGAUUAACAUAUGAACCCUCAAUCUAAUAUCAUAAAUGACUUAAUGAAUUUUUCGCUUAAUUUUUUAUGUAGCUAAUGCUUGAUUUGUAAAUAUUAUUAAAUUGAAAAUGGUUCCACAGAUUUUUGUUUUGGAUUUUACAAUUAUUGGCAGGGAGGACUAAAGAAAAAUAAUACCAUAGAACUGCUGCCUAAGUUACCUUUAUGUAGCUGAUACUUUGAUCUUAAUGUAGCUGAAUUUCUUAACUUAUAGUUUUAUCCUGUCUGAAUAAUCCAACUCCAAGGUCUCCAAGGUGCGGGCCAUAUUAAUGCUAUGGUUGUAAAUAAUAAAUGUUGAUCAAGCAUUUAUAAAAAUUCAAAAAUAAAAGCAAUGUAUUUAAUGAUGAAAUGAGUUUUAUUUCGUGGGACAUUAUUUUUCAAACUAUGUAAUAGAAUAAAAUAAAACUACUUGCUUUGUUAAAGGUCAAUUUAUUUCUGAAAAAAUUACAUAAAUGUGCUUCAAAACAAUCAAACCAGAAUAAAUAAAAUUAAUAGCCCUAACAAUGAUAAGUACAGUGUAAUUUCUUUUUAUUUCUACACUAAAACAUUUGAUUAAAUGGAAAGCACGCUUCUACAAUUGAGUGUUAUAUUUUUCUGAUAAAGGCAAUAAAAUAAUAGAGAGUAGUCGGUAAUUAUCACAAAUUCUACCAUUUCUAUCAGUACAUUUUCUAGGGACCAACUUUAGAUGGCAAAAAUAAAUUAAACUUAUUUUAGCUAUGAUUCUCGCAGAACAAGCUUCAGUUAUUUAUAUUGUUUCGUCGUAAUUUUAGUUAGGAAUCUAUUUUAGUCUACUUAGUUUUGGAA